CUAAUCACGGCGGAUUAAUAAUUUAUUGCGUCGAUAAUUCAAGGGAAUAUUUCGGAUUAAAUUUAUUUUUAUUUUUAUGCAUAAUCGAAAAUACUUUAAAAUGUGUGCGCAUUUAUUAAUUUGCACAAUUAUAGUUAUGUUGAUCGCAGUGAAUCAAGCAAAUGCUGUGAUGACAAUGGAACAAAUUGGAAAAGCUGCGCUGUCUGUACGAAAUACGUGUACAUCGAAAUCUCACGCAGACUCCGGAGCUGUUGCAGCCAUACAAAAAGGCGAAUUCCCAGAUGACAAUCAACCAUUAAAAUGCUAUACACUGUGUAUAAUGAAGACAAUGCGAACUUUCAAAAAUGGACGCAUAGAUGAAGGCAUGAUGAUUAAACAAAUGGAUCUAAUGAUGCCACCUGACAUGGCGGGUCCUUUAAAAGUGUCUUUGAUUAAAUGUGCAGCAGAACCACCUACUGGCGAUGAUUGCGAAACAACUUAUCAAUUUGUAAAAUGCAGCUACCAAACGGAUUCGGAUCACUUCUUCUUUCCUUAACCGAUAUCAAACGCAAAUAAUUAUGGAAAUAGAAUAUGAUACAUUAUAUACAAUGAAAAUGUGUGUAAUUAGCGUGUUAUAUAAAUUGUAAAAUUGUAUUAAUUUCAAUCCUUUGCGUCAAGACAAUAAUCGUUAAUAAAUUUGUAAACUGAUAGAUUCGUAACAUGAUAAGAGACAAGGCGCAAUAUACA